AUGCAUUCGUUCAAUGUUCUCACUUUGGUGGCAGUGCUCACAGUCGGAUACAUACACUCAGUGGGUGGGCAAUCACUGGCGUGUCCUGCCGUGCGCACGAGUAGUGGGUGGCUGGACUUAUUCCCGUUGCCAUGCAGGAAGAACUCCGAGUGUCUGGUUAUGGGGAACCAGCAUCUUUGCUGUAAGGGCUUUUGUACCAAAGGCAUUAAGGCUUCUGGUGCAAUCCAACAACAACGAAAGGCCCAGAUAACGAGUAGCACAAGCACAAGUACAAGCACAAGCACUAGUAGCACUACGACCACCACGAGUACAACGACUACUAUGACUACUACUACAUCUGCCCCAAGUACCACCAGCUCGACGACAACGACCACCACGACUACGCCUCGCCCGACGACCACAACCACCGAGGCUCCUCGGCCGUUCCUGCAACUAUUACCCAUUCAGCUACCUCAAGCAACGACCCAAGCCAGCGCGCCAGUAAAGACCAGCAAGACGCAGAAACUGGUGUGCCCUAAACCUGGACAAGCACCAGUGGUGCUGUUUCCAAUCCUGUGCGAGAAAAACUCGCAAUGCCGCGCGACUAGUGGACCCGAUCAAGUGUGCUGCGAGGGACGCUGCGUGAAAGGAGUUCCGGCGCCGCGGCCUACCUCGAAACCCAAAUCGCACCAACCAUUAUUGGGUGUUAUUCCACGAGAAUGCCCAGCCACUCCGCUCGGAGAGUUGCUGUUUGAAGUGCAAACGUGCAAGACAGACGCCGACUGCUGGCCGCGAAUCUGCUGUCCAGAUGGUACCCGGUCCUACUGCCGCACAGCCAAAGCUAGACUUGAUCUUGUGCCUGUUGCCAACCAAAUUGACGGACCGGUGCGGAUGCUUGAGCAAUACUUGCAGUGCACACCACCUCCACAGUAUGACCUAUUCCCACAAAAGUGCAGUUCCAGUGUGGACUGCUUCCCAAACCUGUGCUGCGCGGAAGGCGGCAAGAAGCACUGCAGGCCACCACAACGUAGUCUUAUAGCUUUGCUAGCUGGAGUUGGACAGAGAGUGGGAUCUACUUUAGUCAACUUCAGGCAGGCGCAAAAUCCAAAUAAUUAA